AUGAAAUUGGGUCUCUCACUCGCCACAGCAGCAGCAGCAGUAGCAGCAUCACAGUCCACAUCCCUCAUUAUGAUGCAAACUCGUAAAGUAGAUACAUUUAAAUCUCAAAAAUCUACCAUAGUUAAAAGCACCACAACGACAACAACAACAACAAGGAGCAUUAACUUAGAUAGUAACAUAAGGAUGGGUAGACGAACGAUUUGUGCAGUUCCAUUGUGGAUCACAGCGACAACAUUGCUAUUUACAAGCUAUUCAGCAUAUGCCCUAAAUAAUCGGCAGAACGUCAGCUUACUCUUGAACCAAAACAGCUCCGUAUUGGAAUCGUAUGCGGACCCGAAAAACGACACAUUUGAAAGUGCCUCCAACGUCAUGCACCAACAGACAGCACCAGGAGAAGAUGUCAUAGAUUACAAUGUUGUAGCUCCCAGAUUCGAGGAUCAUUUGGAAAGGUCGUCGAUAAUUUAUGGCCUGGUUAAGGUAGCCAACGAAAGUAAUGUCAACCCCAGUUGCCACCGACAUUUGAAGAGCAUUCGCAGAGGGAUACUACGAAAGGAGCCCUGGGCCAUCAAGGCUUUGGAUGCAUCCGGUACCAAACCGUCGGGUUUUCUCUUUGGCCACAACUAUUGGUUCGGCAGCAAAGAAGGAUGUGGGGCUGUACAGAAACCUGUGGGAAUUACGUUGUCGGCUAACCAUCCGCGAAUUAUGAAGCAGGGUAUAAUCAACGACAUCGCUCCCUUCAGCAUGGACUACCGAGUGGUGUACUUGCGGCAUAAUUCGCCAUGGCAAGUGGAAAUCAAGCUGAUGUCCGAACAAAUAAUUCAUGUUGGCCUGUGCCUGCCAUCGUCUUGUGACACACCGGAAAUACAGCAUCUAAUGGCUCAUUACAUCAGAGAGGGCCUUUUCAUUGAAAACGACAUCUACGACAUUCAGCCCGAGCUGGUGUACAUGAAAGAUUUGAAAAUUGCACCGGACUUCUUUGAAAGGGAAAGCUUCAAACUUCUUAGUGUGUUUGUGGCUUUUAUUUUGGCGAUGGCGCUGAUGGCCUCUUAUCUCAGAAGUCGAUCUCAGACCGAAACGGAAAGCCAGACGAAGUCACUCAAUAAUAUGGAUAGCCCGACGACUCCAACGGCGCACGGCCUUGAUGAAGAAGAUUUACUUUCGCUUUGGAAUUUUCCGAAAGUGCGCAAUUUCAUCAUGUGCUUCGACGUGCAGGAGAAUCUAUCUAAGAUGUUUAGCGUGAGGGACACCAAGCCGACUGAGAUUCCCAUAAUCAAUGGACUGCGCUCCGUCUGCGCUGUGUGGAUAUUAGUGUUCCACGUUUUGUGGUUUAUGUAUUUCACCGUUCACAACAAGGCUUUUCUGAUCUCCUACGCGGAGAAGACAUUCUUCCAAUACAUUAGCUCUGCCGCAUUGUUGGUCGAUGUAUUCUUUACCAUAAGUGGUUUUCUGCAGACCUAUAACUUCUUCAGGAAUGCCAAAAAAGUAGAAACGAUCCGCAACAACACCUUUUACCAGAAUGCCAAGCAGUUCCUCAAAAUGACAUUCCACCGCUAUCUUCGUCUAGUCCCGCUGUAUUUGGUGGUAAUGGCGGCUGUGGACUUGCUCUUUGCCUACAUUGGCAAGGUUUCCGUCUAUGACAUACACGACAAAUUUGAUGAAAACUGUGCCAACUAUUGGUGGCGCAAUAUAUUCUUCAUCCAGAACCUGUUUGAGCACCGCGACAUGUGCGUCAACUGGACUUGGUCACUCGCAUGUGAAAUGCAAUAUUUCCUAUUGGCUACCGCUUUGCUCUUCAUCUACACCAAAUACCCGCGGUUCGUUAAGGCAGUAACCAUGGCUUUCUUGGGCGGCAAUAUUCUCUGGUCGUAUGGCAUCGGAAUGAGCACCAAGUUCCAGUUAUCGUUCGAUACUAUGUUUGCCACGGGCACUGAUAUCUACAUCAGCCCCUUCGUCCGCAUUCUACCGUACAUUAUCGGGGCCAUAGCCGGGUGGGCUUUCGUGGAGUACAGACUACGGCCGGCGGAUCUCAGUGAAAUGCAAGAGAAAAGCUGUUGGCACCUGUCCAUAUCAAUAUUCUUCGUGUGCAUGUACUCCACAAUCAAACGGGAUAUUUCCACCAUCAUGGCAAUUACCCUGUUCGUUGUUGGACGGAUCCUCUUCAGCAUGGCUAUAAGUUGGAUGAUAAUUGGCAGUGCCACUGGUCGCAGAACGAUGUGGUCGCGAUUUCUGGAGGCGAAACCUUUCCAGCAUUUCAAUAGGAUAUCGUACGCCAUGUACUUGCUCAAUCCGUUUGUGAUUGCUCUGUUUUUCUCAUUCACCAACAGCAGCACUGACGCGGAUCCCCUAAUGCUGUGUGUUCUGUGCACCGGGUUCACUGUUAUAGUUUACGCGAUCUCUGUUGCAUUUUCUGUAGCCUUCGAAGUUCCGUUUUGCAACUGGUCAACCCAACUGCUUAAGGGCAGUAGCAGCAACACUAGCACCAGCAACAACAAUACUGUCACCACUGCCGAUAUUAGCAGUUCGAACUCACCCGAUUUGUGUGAAGAUCUCAAUCGGCCGUACAGCAUAAGUUUGGCUCACUCUCAGCCAAUUAUUUUCAGCGUGAGCAGUCCUUUCGAAUUGCAUUUCAUUGUCGCGUACAUGAAUUACACUUCGCCCUACACCAUCGACCUGAAGCUACCCUUUGAGAGUCUAAUACAUUUGGGCCUCUGUCUGCCUAAAUCGUGCAACUCAUCCAGGAUACAUGAUUAUGUCGAUGAGUAUUUCGGAAGGCAUGCCUUUGAAACACAAGAGCAGUUCGGUCUGGAAAUGAGAGCUGUCGAAGUGAAAAUUCCACAUUUUUCAUGGUUAAGAUACUUCACGAAAACUGCAGUUAUAAUAUUUCUCAUAAUACUCAUCAUGUCCAUAUCGUUGCCAAUUCUGGCGGAAAUUGUUACAAAAUCCAAGCACCGACUCCAGCUUCAGCAUUCUCUGUGUCGAAAAAGUGUAAAGCUCGGUGUUGAAGUGAGGAGUUAUCAACAGCAAAGACAACAAUGUGCUGCUGCUGCUACUGAUUCCAUUCAAAGGCAAACUGAAAGCUCCAUGUGGGAACAGAUGUUGAUGUGCUUUCUCAUCUCAGACAAUUUUGCGACCGUUACCAGUCUAGACAAUUCAAAUCGUAACUCGGUGUUUCUGACAUCGAUGGCGGGGUUGCGAAGCAUCAUCUGUAUGUGGAUCACAGUGUUCCACGUCUACUAUUAUUCGCUGUUCGCCAUGUCGAAUACGCCGUUCAUAUUUGCCAAGCUGGAAAGAUUUGCUUUGCAGCCGAUAAUGCAGGCCUGCUUCUAUGUCGAUGUGUUCUUCAUAAUGAGAUUAACUCCAGUCAUGGUUAUAACACUGCUCUUGAGCACAAUGGUCUUCGAUGUGGUGAAUAUGUACACACCCUUUCGACUGGGCGAUCAUAGUGGCCUCUAUUGUAAGACGAUCGAUGUAAUUUACAGUACCCUCAACCAAUUGUAUGUGAAGCCCUGGGUGCGAAUACCGCCUUACUUUGGAGGAGCAAUAAUGGGUUGGGUAAUGCAUUGGCUGCAGAAAACAAAUCCACAUCACAGCGAACCAGAGCAGGUCGCUAGCGAGCUGCACGAUCGCCCUUCAAAUCGCUUCAGGACAAUUGCAACCCAAGUGUUUUGGCUUCUGACUUUCAUAAUCUACAUUGCCACCAACUUUAUGAGCUAUUGGCGUUCCACACCGUCGUGGGCAGUGGCCUCAAUCAUGUCGGUGGGCAAGUUAAUUUUUGCGCUUUUUAUCGGCGGCAUUAUCAUCCAGUGUUCGCGUGGACACGGAGGAAUACUAAAUAGACUGCUGAGUUCUCGACCUUUUCUCUUUCUGAACAAAUUUUGCUUCAGCAUUUACAUGCUGGCGCCCAUAAUCGUGGUUUUUAUGUUUGCUUUGCGCAAUGAGCCGACAAGCUUCACUGAAAUUGGUUCGGGAGCGGAUUUCUUUGCCGUCAUAGUUUUGGCAAUACUGUCCGCAAUGCUUCUCUACCUACUUGUGGAGUUGCCCAUGCAAAGGAUAUCCAAUGUCUUAUUGAAAUAG